AUGAUCGAUCCCUCAGCAUCUCAUCACCUCGUGAGUCGCUGGAAACUCGGCCUGGCCGACCGAUGGUACUUGAUCCAGUCCGAAACCCUACACAUUCCCGAUCGUUUCGGUUUUUUCACCCCGGGGCCUCCUCCACACCAAGAAUUUGAAGUUGAACGUUUUAUCGGGCUAUUGUCAUGUCAAUUGUGCUUGGUCUUACUCCACCUGUUAAUCUUCAGUGUCUCACUGCAGACCGGGGUAUCUCUUUCGGAUGUCUCAGGGAUCCUAUUGGGACUGCAGUUCGCAGUGUUUGGGCUCUUCUGGGGAAUCAAAUAUCCCCAUCCUAGCAGCAGUACCAAAGCUUGGGGGACAUGGGAGUACAGCGAUGAUGAUGCUGCUCGCAUCCAUUACUGCAAGGAACUCUUUGAGUUAUGUGUUGGAGAAUGGAACUACAAAACGCUUUUGAGAUUACUAGUUUCUUGGUUCCUUUAUUCGGUACUAAUGUGGAUUGAAUGGCCCUGGCUGUGA